UAUUAUAAGCAGUUCCGUUUUAUUUCAAAGAUGAACAAGACUCCUGAUACGACAUUCAGUGGGGAGAAAUCACCUGCUGAGCAAGCAAUGUUCGGUGAAGAUCCUAAUAUGAGCCAUUAUGAGAUGCCAAAUCUCUCAGCUUGACUCUAUGAUUAUACCAAUAAAGAGCAGGACAUGAUUUACCGUUGCUUUAGAACAGGGAACUUUGACUCUAUUAGAACACUUCCUGAUACUCUUAAGUCGCAGAAGUUGAUAGAAAGAAUUAAAGAGAAAAUUACUGAAAAUAUUAAAGAAAGUUCUCAUCCUCCUGAGAGAGAUCAUAAAGGAAGAAUUAUUAAACUUUCUGGAGGUGGUUUAUUUCAUGAGUUUGAAUGGAUGCCAGAUUCCUUCCUAAACUUCCUUGAAAAUGAGAGAAAAGAGAAAGCCGAAAGUGAUGAAGUAGUCAAAAAGAUCCAUCCUAAACCUUUCAUCGCUACACAUGAUCCAAUUACUACAAAAUAUGAAAAUCCUUUUAACUCAGGGAAAAAGGAGACAGUCUAUCCUGUAUUCAAAGAAGCUGAUGAUCCUUAUGAGGCUUCUCAAGAUGAAUUCUAUAAGGCUAAAUGGAUUAAAGAAAACAAGAUUCUUCAUGGAGAAUUCAAGCCUUCAUCCCAAGAUAAAAGCCUUACACAAAUAAACAGAAGCCAGCUACCAGACAUUGUGAUCUUUCUGAAAGAAAUAAUUCGAAUCGACUGGGCAGAGAUAAACUUUAUCAUUGGAACAAAUCCUGAAGAAUUCAUAGAAAUAAAGUUUGAGAAAUAGCCCUGAUGGUGAACUUGGACUGAAAAGCUACAUGAAUAAUUUAAUCCACAACCAUGAAACUAUUUCCAACUUUAAUUUAAAGAAGGUGAUGAAAUAUUGGGGUCAUACAGAUUCAAAGUACAUCUACUUCAUGCUCAUGCCUCCAUGGGUGAAGGGAAGAAUUUAUGAGCCCCUUGCAGGCCCUCUUGUAAAAGACAAGCAUCACUCAAGGACAGAUACAGAUCUUUCUGAGACUGAAGAGAAGGAGAAAAAGGAUGUAGAGAAAGGAUACAAGCUAUAUUCCUCUGAGAUUGAAAUAUAA